AGAGAGCACAGGUGGGAGUCAUCGGUGUAAUUACCUUAAAAGCCGGAGGGCAGCUCUGCCCCGCCCCUUCACACCGAGGUACAGCGGAGCGGCGUGUGAGGUGUGUGUGUUUGCGUGAGGCCCGAGCAGAGAAGGUCUCAGUGGAGAAUGUGCUCAAUACCCGGGCUUCCAACACCAGGAUCCGAAGUACCUGUUUUCAUCACAAGGGACACACAGAGAUGGUCAGGAUCCUGGUAGAGAACGGAGCCAGGCCUUGUUUGAGGACGGAUUAUGGAUGGACUCCAGCCCACUUCGCUGCAGAGUCCGGCCGGCUGGCUGUGCUGCGGUUCCUGCACUCCCUCCGUGCCCCCAUAGACAAGGAGGACUGCUCUGGAGACAAGCCUAUAAGACUAGCUGAAAUAUAUGGGCACCAAGACUGUGUCAGUUUCCUUAAAAAGGCGGAGAUCGAGUCCGAGGCCUACCGCAAGGUGGCAGCAGAGAGCGGCAUUUCCAUGGAUGACACGGAUGAGGAGUGGGCAGAACAUGGCAAAGAAAUUAAGAAAAUGUGUUCUCUAUAAGCAACAAAAGGGGUGUCAUUUAGCCUUAUAGUGGAAUACAUGUUGUGAAAAACUGCAGUGGAAAUUGAAUCAACAAGACAAAAACAAAUAUCAGCAGCCUAAUAUUUAAUACAAGCAUGAGCUUAUGAUCUGUGACCUGAAAUCAUGAGUUAAAGGAUAACUUCCCCAAGCGACUGCACUGAAUAAGGGAUAUUGUGUGCCUAUUAACAUAUUUUCCACCAUGCAUUGUGUUGCAGUUAAACCCUCAAAAAACCUUUGCUUCUUGUUUGA